AAUGGAGAAUGUGUAUUCUAAUUCAUAUGAUCGAAUUACGGCAAACUGGAAUAUAAAUUCCCCAGCCAAAAUAAAUAUCGCUGCAAGGGAAUCUUUCUGCCACAUGGACAGGCUCUAUGGAGUGAUCGUGUUUGACUGACAGAAGGGCAGGGCAAGCAUGUGCACUAACCGCGGCGAUGGCUGUAUAUAAUGGUGGGGGAAGGUUGCUGCUCGUCCUGUUUAUGUCAGUUGCUGCGGAGUGUUGAGCGCAGGGGGAAUAUUGCUGACGAAAAUGUAUUUGAACCGCUUACUACGUUUUGGUGUCGGUGUACAGCAUUUGAAGACAGAUGUUCAAGGAAUGAGGCAAUGGCAUUGUCGCAUAAAACAGCUUUUACCUGCAGUAAACACACUACGGUGUCAACAUGGUGCUCCAGAUUCUAUGAACUGUUCGUGGUUGAUUCAUGACAAUCACUUGGAAUUAACGUAUUCUGAUUUGGUGAUGCGUUUUGAUUAUGUUUGGCUACGGGAUCAUUGUCGAUCUGCAUCAUGUUUCAACUCAAAAACUAAUCAACGGAGCUUAGAUACUGCCCAAGUGGAUUUGGCCAUCAAGCCAGCAAACAUACGUUCAGAUAAUGAUGCAAUCUACAUAACUUGGCCAGAUAAUCAUAUGACUAAGUUUGGCUUGUCAUGGUUGGCAAAACAUUCUUUUGAAGGCCAGAACCAGACUGUUCAAAAGCGCAUCCUGUGGAAUGCUGCUGUUUAUAACAAAGCAAAAGUGCCUUAUGUUACUUAUAAUGCUGUAAUGGAAUCAGACAAGGAACUAAAAACAUUCUUGGAGGCCUUCCUUCUAUAUGGAGUUUCUUUUAUUGAAGAAGUUCCUGCGAGCAUUGAGGCAACAGAAGCCAUAGCAUUGCGUAUUGGCUUGAUCAGGGAGUCCAUUUAUGGCCGAAUGUGGGAUUUUACUUCCGACUUCUCGCGUGGUGAUACCGCUUACACAAAAGUGGCACUUGAUCGGCAUAUAGAUACAACUUACUUUCAGGAACCUUGUGGAGUUCAGUUAUUUCAUUGCCUGAAGCAUGAUGGAACUGGUGGAAGAACUCUGUUGGAAGAUGGGUUUAACGCUGCAGAAAAUGUACGAAAACAAAGCCCUGAUAACUUUGAUUUACUCACUAAGGUGCCAAUCAAGCAUGAAUACAUAGAGAAUGUAGGAGAAUGUCACAAUCACAUGAUUGGAAUUGGCCCAGUUCUGAAUGCUUAUCCAUGGAAUAACGAAUUAUAUUUAAUAAGAUACAAUAAUUAUGACAGAGCUGUUAUUAGCACAGCGCCUCAUGAUGUAAUCCAUCAAUGGUACAUAGCACACCGAGCCCUUACAACAGAACUCAGGAAGCCAGAGAAUGAAAUAUGGGUAAAACUCAAGCCUGGAAAGGUUCUAUUUAUAGAUAAUUGGCGAGUCUUGCAUGGUCGUGAUGCAUUCACAGGUUACCGGCGGCUCUGUGGCUGUUAUCUGAUGAGAGAUGAUGUGCUGAACACCGCAAGAUUUCUUGGCAUACAGAUUUAAAAAUGCUUCUGAACUUGAAGACAAAUUAUGUUGCAAGAACUCUGUCUCCUUGAUGAAUUCCAGAUCUAAUUAAUGUAGCAUGUAUUCGUACAAAAUUCAUGAAAGAGCAUGCAUUGAUUCAUUAUUUUUCAAAUAAAUUUAUAUUUUGCUUUCAUUGCUCAAUUAAAACAACUUGUGAAUGUUAAUGGUUGCUGUUUGACACCUUUCUACCAUUGUCACUUGGUUUAAAUGUAGCCCAACCCCACAAAAAACCUGCCUUGUAACUAGUUUGCUGGUUAUGUGAAGUAGAAUACAACAGCAGAGAACUGAGUAUUUAAGAAACCUCUGGAAUGGGGUCGAAGAGAAAGGUGUGUACAUUAGACAGCUUGGUUUGAAUAUAAAGAAGCAAUGCCUUCGAAGACUGAAUCUGUGGCUUAGUGAAUAACACUCCUGGUUCACUCCAGCCAUUUAUAAAAAAUCUCUAGGCUAGUCAUCAGAGUCAGCACUGCAUUUGCAAUUAAGUAUCUCAUCUUUCAACAGAAAUAUUGACAGAGCUUUGGACGUCUUGAAAAGAUAAAUUGGUUAUGUCCAUGCAAGCUUUCCUAUUUUUAAACUCAAUUUGUUUAGAUUUUCCGGUAUCAGCAAAAUAAUUGGUUUUGAUAUUCAUGAAUUGCUUUUGGAACAUUGCUUUUGCUUUUCUGAGGCAAGGUUUUAAGCAAAAUAUUUUGCGGUGCUGCCUUCAAAGCUGAUUGAUAAAUGCUCUGUUUUCACAUAUUCUAGAUGAGCUUUCAACUGUGAAUAUCUAGUUGGAGAUCUCUCCAAACAAAACUAAAACUAGAGAUUAUUUUUUAUGUAGGGCUCUUUGCAAAGUUUUAAAUGUUAGGCAGUGCAUCGGUGGGGCUGCUGUAAGUAAACAAUCUGCAAGACAUGAUCUUGAGUAAAUCCCCCAAAUAAUUUAUAUUCCUUCUCCACAAUUAACACUAGAAAAAUGAGCAGGCCAUAAAGCUCUUGCCAACUAAUUGCUGUCUUGAGUUCUCUUUCCUACUGGGUUUUAUAUGUCUCUUUUAAUUCACACGGGUUUGUUUUUUUCAGGAGCAUUUGUAUCACACUUUACCUUUGUUUGAGGUGACGGUGGGCGGGGGGGGCUUCACCGUGUAAUUAAAUGCUAUUUCAGUCUAAAAUUAUACUCGGUGUGUUCUGUUUCCCACUUGUGGCUUGACAACAUCGUUAAGGGUAAACACAAACAGUGCUUUCUUCUACAGUAAUUUCUUCUCACUUUAUCUUGAACAGUAGUUUCAUCUGCUUCCUUUCAAUGCGAGGGGAUGAUUUUGAAAUCUCAGGAAUUCUGGACAAUAUAAGCCAAUGAAUCCACUAUCUCAGUCAAUUAAAAUGCCUGCCUACAGGUUAUCAGGUCUCCAGUGCUCACAAUCUAUUUUUUUUAUGUGUGAAAUUGCAUCUCUGCAUUAAAUUGUUCCCCAAAAUAAUUUCUCCUUUUUUGCCCAGUUUGCUUUUUACAUGUUCAGCUCUUAAAUUCUGACUUCUUUAUUUUCCCAGUAUCUUCUCCCCUUUCUGCCACUGACAGUACCUGUUGUAAAGGAUAAUAUAUUGAAAUAAUUGGUGUGCUAUAUUCAUUUGGAGAUUUGAUUGGGAGAUAUGUUGUUUUUUCUUCAAUACAGAUAAUUUCAGGAUAAUACUGCUUCCCCGAUGCCUUUGUCAAUUAGGCUACUGAUGUGCUACAAGAUAUUUUAGAAAGAAGAGUGUGUUGUUGAAGAGCUGUGAAUUAUGGUCCAUAUUGGAUCAAUUUGUAAGUAGAAUGAUAGAAAUUUCAUAGGCAGAUUAUGAGAAGUUGGAGUUCUUCUGAAGGUUGCCAGGAACUUCCCAAGGGGUAGUAGUAUAUGAAUUACCAUGAUGGGCCACUAAUAAAAGGAAUAAAAGAAUAGCACGAAUGAAUGUUACUGAAAAGAUGGUGCAGAAGCAAUGGCUUUUUAUUUAUGGGACAUUAAGUGCAAAUUGUGGAAUUUAUGAAAGCCAGACUGAUUAGAUAGUAAUAGGAUCAGGACCUAGAUAUAUGGGGGAGAAUUUUUGUCAGUGAGAAAGGUUGACUUUAGCAUGGUCAGAAGAUGUGAACCUGAUGGCUGUCUUGGAAAAUGCUUAAAAUUCGCUACAGACUCUAAAGGUUUAGUCAACAAGUGUAGAAAUUUAAAAUGAGUUUGGAAGAUAAAAGAACCAAGAGCUAGUUGCUUUUGACUGUGGAGGCGAACAUUGACUCCACAGUCAAAAAGGCCCAACAGAGGAUGUACUUCCUGCGGCAGCUGAGGAAACACAACCUGCCACAGGCAAUGAUGGUCCAGUUUUACACUACCAUCAUAGAGUCUGCCCUCACCUUCUCCAUCAUGCUUGGUGGCUGAGCCACACCAGACCAUGACAUCCCCGCAUUCUGCAGCGCAUCGUUCGAUCAGCCGAGAAAGUUGUUGGCUGCAACCUUCCCCCCAUUGACGAACUGUACACUGCAAGGGCCAGGAAGCGAGCAGGUAAGAUCAUCUCUGACCCCUCUCGCCCUGACACAAACUCUUUGAAGUGCUUCCCUCUGGGAGGCGACUCCGGACUGUCAAAGCCGCCACAGCCAGACAUAAACAUAGCUUUUUUCUACGAGCAGUAGCUCGACUCAACAGCCAAAAGUUUGUAGCGUCUUUUUACUCUGAUACUUUAUUUUCACAUGGUUAAAUUAUGUUAUAUUUUUAAUUGUUUGCUGUAUAUCGUGUUUUUGUCCUUUUGCGAGCAAAACACCAAAGCAAAUUCCUUGUAUUUAUACAUACUUGGUCAAUAAAAAAUGUAUUCAAUUCAAUUAUUCAAUAUAUAUACUGCUUAUCAAAUACAAUGUUAUUCCUUGCUGAUUUGACAAGUUCUUGUAAAAUCUCAAGCUUUCCAUGAACUGAUGAAAAAUUGAUUUUCUUGAGGAUUUAAACUCAUAGCUAUUGUAUUAUUCCUGUUGCAUACCGUAAUCUCCUUAUGUUAUAUUCUGUCCAAUGCUACAAUUACUGUUCAUGGUUAAUAAACUGCUCCUUCCAGUGUUA